GAUGCGGCGCGCGCGGCGCUGCGGCUGCGGGGCGGGAUGCUCUGAGCCGCGGCUCCGCGGGGGCCGCUCCGCUCCCGCCGCUGCCUCCGAGCGCGCCCCGCGCCAUGCCCCGACCAUAGAGCCCAAAGUUGGGGGGGGGCCACCGGCGCUGUAUGGACCUCGCCCUUCGCCCCCAGCGGAGCCGCGCGGGGGGCCGGGGCCGCCGCCUGGAAUUAACCCCUCCCGGAGCGGGACCGACCCCCCGCCCGCGGCCUCGCACAGCGCUCGGGGGGCAGAAGAUUCCUCUUCUCCUCCUUUUUUAACCCCUCUUUGGAAUAUUGUGAACCUAUUUGGCCGUUGAAGGUUUUGUGUGCUUUUGCUAAAAUGCAUCACCAACAGCGAAUGGCUGCCUUAGGGACGGACAAAGAACUCAGUGAUUUACUGGAUUUCAGCGCGAUGUUUUCACCUCCUGUGAGCAGCGGGAAAAACGGACCAACUUCCUUGGCAAGCGGACAUUUUACGGGCUCAAGUGUAGAAGAACGAAGCGGUUCCGGCUCCUGGGCCAACGCGGGACAUCCAAGUCCAUCCCGGAACUAUGGAGAUGGGACUCCCUACGACCACUUGGCCAGCAGAGACCUUGGUUCUCACGACAAUCUUUCUCCUCCCUUCGUUAACUCCCGAAUACAAAGUAAAACGGAACGAGGGUCCUACUCGUCCUAUGGAAGAGACUCCAAUCUACAAGGUUGCCACCAGCAAAGUCUUCUCGGCGCCGAGAUGGAGAUGGGCACCGCCACCGCGCUGUCCCCCACCAAGCCCGGCUCCCAGUACUACCAGUACUCCAGCAAUAACCCCCGCCGGCGGCCUCUCCACGGCACCUCCAUGGAAGUCCAAACAAAGAAAGUUCGGAAAGUUCCUCCGGGUUUGCCAUCUUCUGUCUACGCUCCGUCGGGCAGCACUGCCGACUACAACCGCGACUCGCCGGGGUAUCCGUCCUCCAAACCAGCAGCCGGCACCUUCCCCACCUCCUUCUUCAUGCAAGAUGGACAUCCCAGCAGCGACCCGUGGAGCUCCUCCAGCGGGAUGAACCAACCGGGCUACGGCGCCAUGUUGGGCAACUCUUCUCACAUCCCACAGUCCAGCAGCUACUGCAGCCUCCACCCCCACGAGCGCCUGAGUUACCCGUCCCACUCCUCGGCCGACAUCAACUCCAGUCUUCCUCCGAUGUCCACCUUCCACCGCGGUGGCUCCGCCCACUACAGCGCAGCGUCCUGCACGCCGCCCGCCAACGGCACCGACGCCAUCAUGGGCGGCCGAGGGGGCGGAGCCGGCGCUUCGCAGACCGGAGACGCGUUGGGCAAAGCUCUCGCCUCUAUCUACUCUCCAGACCACACCACCACCAGCUUCCCAUCAAAUCCUUCAACUCCUGUCGGUUCUCCCCCUUCUCUCGCAGCAGGCCCCGCUGGGUGGUCUCGCGGUGGAGGUCCAGCGGCGUCAUCUCCUAAUUAUGAAGGUCCUUUACACUCCUUGCAAAGCCGCAUCGAGGACCGUUUGGAGCGCUUGGACGACGCCAUCCACGUUCUGCGCAACCACGCGGUGGGGCACGGCGACGGCCACGCCCUCAUGGCGCCCACCGCCAACGGCGCCAUGGGCGGCCUCGGCGCCGCCUACGGGCCCGCGCUCCUCGCCAACCGCCACGGCCUCAUGGUGGGGUCUCACCGGGAGGACGGUGUCCCCCUGCGCGGGAGCCACGCGGUGGCGCCCAACGCCGUCUCGGGGCCGCAGUGUCCCCUCCCGACGGCCGCCUCGCCCGACAUCAACCCCCCCCAGGACCCCUUCCGAGGGCUGGGCGCGGGGCUCCCAGCGUCGUCGUCGGGAAGCUCCGAGAUCAAAUCGGACGACGAAGGAGAUGAGAACCUUCAGGACCCCAAAUCCACGGAGGAGAAGAAGCUGGAGGAGGACAAGAAGGAGCUCAAAUCCAUUACUAGGUCAAGAUCUAGCAAUAACGACGAUGAGGAUCUGACGCCGGAGCAGAAGGCGGAGCGGGAGAAGGAGCGGCGCAUGGCGAACAACGCCCGCGAGCGCCUCCGCGUCCGCGACAUCAACGAAGCCUUCAAAGAGUUGGGGCGGAUGGUGCAGCUCCACCUCAAGAGCGACAAACCCCAGACCAAGCUCCUCAUCCUCCACCAGGCCGUGGCCGUCAUCCUCAGCCUCGAGCAGCAGGUCCGAGAACGCAACCUGAACCCGAAAGCCGCGUGUCUCAAACGGAGAGAAGAAGAGAAGGUCUCCUCAGAUCCUCCACCGCUCUCGCUGGCGGGACCUCACCCCGGCAUGGGAGACGCCUCCAACCACAUGGGACAGAUGUAGAGAGAGGAGGGCCGUGGUGACCCCUUGGUGGUGGCAACGGAGAUGUCCACUUCCUCCUCUCCUCCUCCUCCUCUCCUCCUCCUCCCCUGGAAGAUGGGACAGCGGCCGCGGUGGCCAAAGAGGUCCUCCCAGACCUCCCCUGGAGGACAAAGCGGAGGUUUUUUUUGUUGUGCCUCAAAAGUUCUUCUUUGGUUUUUUUUUUGGGGUUUAUUUUGGAGUUUUUUUUUUUUUUCUUUCAUUUUUGGGGGAAAAAAAAAAACCACAAAAAAAACUGAAAAUAAAACCCCAAAAUGAGAAGAAAACGGUGGAGAAAAAACAAAAAAGAAUGGAAUUGAGGGCGACCGCGAUGAGAAAAUGGACCUCAAACUCCAAAGGAGUGGCGAAAAACCACCCCCGGAACUGCCGGCGUCGCCGGGGGUCCUCAGGAGGGGGUCCUCAAGAGGGGGUCCUCAAAGGGUUCCUCAAAGGUUCCUCAAAAGGCUCCUCAAGAGGUUCUCAGAGGUUCCU